GGUCAUUUAACUACUACCGCUUCCGGCCGAUGCAUCCGCCCGCCGUGUCUCCGAAUGCUGUCCUCCACACUCGCGAUUUCGACACAGGGACCUGGCGAUAGAUAGAUAGAUAGAUAGAUAGAUUAGAGGAGGUCGCAAGCACGGGAGGAGAAGGGAGCAACGAAGUCGGCGGCGGGCGAUGCGUCUCCCGCGGCGGCGCCACCACCCCCUCCGAUGCCCGAUCCCGGCGGCCUCUGCCGUCUCCUUCCUCUCCACCGCCGUUGCGGUCCUCCUCCUCGCUCUCGCCCUCCUCUCCUACCUCGCCCCUCCGCCCUUCCUCGACCACCCUUCCGUCUCCGGCCACCGACUACGCCACUCGGAUCCCUCCCCGGUUCGCAAGCCCAAGAUUUCUCGUGAUGCAGCAGUACGGAGGGAUGCUACCACCGGCGAAUCCUUUCGUGUUCCGGUUCGUCAUGGCGGAGGGAGCUCUAAGAACGAUCUCUGGGGUUCGAAGCUGUCCAAGAACUACGUCGGAUGUAGCAACGCCAGCAUUAAGUUUCCAGCAGCUGAAGCUGUCAUUCGUCGAGAUAGGUAUUUGAUGAUUGGAACUAGUGGAGGCUUAAAUCAACAGAGAACAGGGAUAACAGAUGCUGUGGUUGCAGCUAGGAUUCUUAAUGCCACCCUUGUUGUUCCGAAGCUGGACCAGAGAUCUUUCUGGAAGGAUGCCAGCAAUUUCGGCGACAUUUUUGAUGUUAACUGGUUCAUCUCAUUUCUAUCAAAAGAUGUUAAAAUUAUAAAAGAACUCCCAAAAAAGGGAGGGAAGCCUUUCAGGGGUCCAUACACUAUGCGUGUUCCGCGGAAGUGUACUCCAAGAUGUUACCAAAACCGGGUCUUACCUGUUCUUCUGAAGAAGCAUGUUGUUCAGCUGACAAAGUUCGAUUACAGGCUUGCCAACAAGUUGGAAACUGAUUUGCAGAAGCUGAGAUGUAGAGUUAAUUAUCAUGCUCUGAAAUUUACUCACCCAAUACAAGACAUGGGUGACAAGUUGAUUCAUCGAAUGAAGGAAAAAGGCAAGCAUUUCAUUGCCCUCCAUCUAAGAUAUGAACCAGAUAUGCUUGCCUUCUCAGGAUGCUAUUACGGUGGAGGGGAGAAGGAAAGGAAAGAACUUGGUGCAAUACGCAAGAGGUGGAAAACUUUACAUAUAAGUAACCCUGACAAGGCACGGAGGCAAGGAAGAUGCCCACUAACACCUGAAGAGGUAGGACUCAUGCUGAGGGCAUUGGGCUAUGGAAGUGAUGUUCACAUAUAUGUUGCGUCUGGUGAAAUAUAUGGUGGUGAUGAAUCAUUGGCACCUCUGAAAGCACUCUUUCCCAAUUUUCAUUCCAAAGAGACGUUAGCCAGCAAGGAGGAAUUGGAACCAUUCUCCUUAUUCUCAUCACGCAUGGCUGCUCUUGAUUUUAUUGUAUGUGAUGGAAGUGAUGCAUUUGUGGCAAACAACAAUGGUAACAUGGCUCGCAUGCUGACUGGUCGAAGGAGAUACUUUGGGCACAAGCGGACCCUAAGACCAAAUGCUAAGAAGCUGUACUCAUUGUUUCUAAACCGUGCAAACAUGACUUGGGAGCAAUUUUCUUUGAAGGUGUACAGUUAUCAGAGAGGAUUUCUGGGGGAGCCAAAAGAGGUUAGACCAGGUAGAGGUGAAUUUCAUGAAAAUCCAUCAGCUUGCAUAUGUGAGACCACUAAGGCAAUGAGAGGUAAACAUUCCGGUUCACUAAGUCAGACCAAUGGUGAUGAUCAACAUCGAAAAAGCAAUAGAGGCCACAGUAUCAGCGAGCCUACAUACGAUCACACUGAUGAGGAGCCGGACUGGUCUGACAUGGACUAUGGAGAGUAUACACCAUUUAGUAAAAGUUUGUCUAAUAGUACGGACAUGGACUAUAAUCCAUUCACAAGGCCAGAGGAUUCAGAGCUUGAGGAUUUUCUCUCAGAUUAAGAAGAUGAUCUGAUUUUCUGUCCACUGAGCAGUUUAUAAUGCUUAACCAAUUCUUUCAUCAAAUUCUUUUAUUUGGGCCAUUGAAUCGGGUUUCCUAUGAGAGAACUUGUAACUUGUUCUCUGUUGCACCUUGUGUAUACUCUUCUAUGAUGGGACGAUGGUGUCUUCCUUUUCUAGUAUAUUCUGGUAAACCAUGUUGAUAGGGUCUUUUGUUUCUUUGCAAGUACGAUCCACCUUGCCGAAUUAUAGUUUUCGUAUUUCAUCAUGCGGCAACCUGUUGUCGACUUCGAAAUUUUGUUGUAAGGUAUAUAUUGUGAUUAUUCCCCUUGUUAAAGUUUUUCCCGUC